CUCGUGACGUCAGAGGCGACCGCCACACUUGAAUACGAGGCAGGAGGCGGCGGCCGAGGCGCUGUCAUGGAGUUAGCGCAGGAAGCGCGGGAAUUGGGUCGUUGGGCGGCGGAAGAAAUGGAGGCGCCCGUGGCGGCCCGGGCCCCGGAGUCGACGCUGCGCAGGCUGUGUCUGGGCCAGGGGGCUGACAUCUGGGCCUACGUCUUGAGGCAUGUGCACAGCCAGAGGAGUGUCAAGAAGAUCCGGGGAAACCUGCUCUGGUAUGGCCUCCAGGACAGUCCAGAGGCCCGCCGGAAGUUGGAGCUGGAAGCCGCUGUUGCCCGCCUGCAGGCAGAGAUCCUGGAAUUAGACCAGAGCCUGGAGCUGAUGGAGCGAGAGACUGAAGCUCAGGACAUGGCCAUGGAGCAGGCUGUACAGAGGAUGCAAGACACCCAGCGUCGUGCUCUCCUCCUCCGGGCCCAAGCUGGGGUCAUACGAAGACAGCAGCGUGUGCUCCAAGAUCCGACACAGCGGCUGCAGAAUCAGCUCAAGCGCUUGCAGGACAUUGAGAGGAAGGCCAGAGUGGAUAUAAACUUCGGACCCUUGGCAUCAGCAGACCUGGGCCUGGAGCCUAUGGUCCUGGGUGAUGUCCGAACAGCCUGCAGCCUCCGGACCCAGUUCCUGCAGAAACUCCUGAUUCCUCAGGCCAAGCGAGGCAGUGUUCUAACCCCUCAGGAUGACCACUUUGGAACUUCCUACCAGCAGUGGCUUAGCUCAGUGGAGACGCUGCUGACAAACCAUCCUCCGGGCCACGUCCUGGCUGCCAUGGAGCACCUGGCUGCAGAGCGAGAGGCAGAGAUCCGAUCCCUGUGCAAUCUGGAUGGGCUCCAAGAUACAGAGAUAGCCAGGCCCCAGGCACCAGACCAGUCAGACUCCGGCCAGGCCCUGCCGCCCAUGGUGCAUCUCAUCCAGGAGGGCUGGCGAUCUGUGGGUGUGCUGGUCACCCAGCGGGGCCCCCUCCUGAAAGAGCAUCAAAUACUGAGCCAGCGCCUCCUGGGCCUGAUGGAGCAAGUGGAGAGAUGUGCCCUGGGAUCCAGCGAGAGGCAGGCAUUGGUGCUGGGGCUCCGGGGCUGUGCCCUAUGGGCAGAACUCAAGGCCCUGCGUGCUAUGAGCCAGGAGCUAGAGGAGGCAGCUGGGCGGCGGCAGCUUCUGCUCCAGGAGCUACAGACCAAACAACAACGGAUCCUGCACUGGCGCCAGCUGGUGGAGGAGACACAGGAACAGGUCCGCCUGCUCAUCAAGGGCAACUCAGCCAGCAAGACGCGCCUGUGCCGGAGCCCUGGGGAGGUGCUUGCUUUGGUUCAGCGAAAAGUGGUCCCCACAUCUGAGGCAGUGGCACCACAGAGCCAGGAGCUGCUUCGGUGUCUGGAGGAGGAAGCCCGGCAUCUGCCCCAUCUUCUGCUAGGGCCCCUGCUGCGGCACAGCCCUGGAGGGUUGCAGCCCCUGCCUACGGUCCUGCCAUCCAUCUACCAGCUGCAUCCUGCAUCCCCUAAGGGCUCCAGCCUCAUAGUGCUGAGCCACAUGCUGGGGCUGCCCACAGGGAAGGCUCCAGAGCUGCUCCUCCCGAAGGCAGCCUCUCUUCGCCAGGACCUUCUGUUCCUCCAAGACCAGCAAAGUCUUCGGUGCUGGUAUCUGCUCCACAUGAAGACCAGCCUGCCGCCAGGACCAUCCACCCAGGAGCUGCUGCAGAUCCAGGCAUCCCAGGAAAAGGAGCAGAACGAGAACCUGGGGCAGGCUCUGAGGCGGCUGGAGAACCGGCUGAGACAAACGCUGGAGCGAAUCCCCAAGCUGCAGGGCGUUGUGGGGGACUGGUGGGAGCAGCCAGGACAGGCCACCCUUUCUGGGGAGCUCUGCCAAGGCCUGACCCUGCCUCAGUGGCAGCUGCGCUGGGUCCAGGCCCAAGGCGCUCUGCAGCAGCUGUGCGGAUGAAGAGGCGGCUCAGAAAAAGUCAAGAGCUGCACGUUUGUUCACGUCAACACAUCACUCCGCAGGACUUUGGAAGUAAAGCAUCAGUUGGAUGUAUCAGCCUGUUGGGUCUCCCCACACCUGCCAUCCCCCUUCACAGGCUCUGUUCCUCUCAGUGGCUCUGCCCCCAUCCUGUCAACCCACCAAAGCCAAGAGAAUGGGUGGUCCUCUGGAUCCCACCCUACCUACAACUCUCCGCAUCAAUUUUACCCCCAGCGAAAAACAGUCAAGCACUGGUCUAAACACUGAGGAUCCAGCCCUGAAGUAAACUGAUGCCCGGUGUGUAGGAGGUUGUUCUAGGACAGGAAAACGGGCUGCUGACAAGAUAAGUAAGCAAAACAUGGAGUAUGUGCUAGGACUGCUGAGGAGGAAAAGCCGUUGCAGAGGGCCAUCCAGCAGAGGUGACCCUGUGAAGGCGGCGAGGAGGCAGCACGUGCGGAUCUGCAGGGCUUGCAGAGGGAAAGACCGCGGCACUUGCAAAGGCCCUGAGUUCCAACGUGCUGGUGUGAGGGCUGAAGAGGCAGUGUAGCUGGUGGAAGAGGGGGAGAGUUUAAGAGAUGAGAUUGUCUUCUGUUUUUGUAGUUUCAUUUUUUAUAUUUAACUCUCGGAGUCAUUUGGAAUUUAUCCAAAGGGGUUCCGUUUUGUCUUAUUUUAAAUAUAUCUCAAUAGCACUUAUUAAAAUUCUCAUUCAGAGCAGUGGUUGCCUCUGAAAGAGGAGUGGGUGACAGGGAUCAACCAAGAAGGAGAUACACUUUCUGGAGUGUGGUGGAGGUUACAUGGAUGUACAGAUUUGUCAGGCCCCAUCUUGCUGUACUCAUUAGGUCUGUGCAUUGCACUGUGAAUUAUCUUCAAUUUAUAAAGUAAAACUUGUCCAGUAUGUAAUUGAUUUGAGAUGCCACCCUGUCAUGCACCAAAUCCCCAUGGUUAAUUGGGCCACAUCUGGGUACUCUCCAAGCCCACCGUCUGACUCUUGCAUGCCAUCCCCACCGUAUUUUAUAAUUAAUUAAAGCCUUUGUCAUACAUCUUAGCACCUAAAAUGGCAGAUUGCCAUCUGGCUCUCAUUUUUCAGUGUUUCCCUAUCUUUUUUUCUCCCAACUGAAAUGAACUUUAUACUCAACUUGCCUGGUUCCAGAAGAAAUACAAAUAUGGAUGAGAGUUUAAUUGGAGUUGCAGUUAGUUUACAAAUUAGGGAGCUUUGACAUCUUUUAGAUCUUACACCUGAUUUCCCACCUCCUUUCUCCUAACUCCUCUCUCAGCCUCCACAGCACCCUCACCCUCCCAUUUCUCCUCUAUUCCUGUCUGCUCUUAACCAGUCUUCACACCUUUGCCUUCCUAUGUGCCACAUUAGGGUUUCCUCUCUUCAGCUCAGCUCCCAGCCCCCACCUCCCCAUUUGGACAUGGAGGUCCUUACCCCCAUCCUUUCUUAGUUUUUCUCCAGAGCACAUUCUGACAUGUAAUGUGUUACUUUAUCUGUAUUAUCUGCCUCAAACAGAAUGUCCUUUAUAAACCAAAAGUUGGACAGACUUUACUAAGUAUGAUUUAAAAUCCAGAUGCAGUAAAGGGGAAAUACUGACAAAAACGUAAACUUGCAUGGUGAAAAAAAAGCAAAGUAAAAAUGACAGAUUAGGAGGAAAUUUUUGCAAUUUUGGCAGCUCACUCUGUGGGCAAAGCUAUGAGAAAACAGCACAAGGGGUAUGGAACACCUGUGGGAUACUCUCCAGCAAACUACACAAACACUUACUCUGCCCAAACAGUGCUACUUAUAGGAAUCUAUCCCAAAGAUGUACUAGGUGAAAUAAGGGUUGCAGAUGUUGUACAAAACAACUAGAUCAUAUUUUUCAGAAGGUCAGAGGGGUUAGGGUGGGGAUUUUUUUUUUAGGGUGGAACCCAUGGCACAUGGAGGUUCCCAGGCUAGGGGUUGAAUUGGACCUGCAGCUGCCACCUACACCACAGCCACAGCAAUGCGACCCAAGAUGUGUCUGCAACCUACACCACAGCUCAUGGCAACACCAGAUCCUUAACCCACUGAGCUAUUCUUAACCCACCACAGUUCACAGCAACGCCAGAUCCUUAACCUCGUGGUUCCUAGUCAGAUUCGUUUCAGCUGCACCACAAUGGGAACUCCAAGGGUGGGGAUUUUUUAGAUUAAAAAAGACAAAUGCAAUGCAUGAUCUUGAUUGAAUUACAAUGUUUUGGGGGGGUUUUACUGUUUGUUUCUGUUUUGGCCACCCUGCUGCAUAUGGAGUUCCCUGGCCAGGGGUCAGAUCUGAGCCACAACUGUGGCAACUCUGGAUGCUUUAACCCACUGUGCCAGACGGAAUUAAACCUGCAUUCUACAGCUGCAGAGAUGCCACCGAUUAAGAGUUUGAGUUCGUAAGUACAUUUUUGAGACAACCGUGGAAAUAUGAAUAUGAGAAAUGGGAAAUUUGUAUAUUGGAAAAUAUGUGUCUAUUAAACUUCUUUGGUGUGAUAAUGGUAUUAUGGUUAGGUGGAAAAACGUUCUUGAAUGUUGAAGUAUUAAGGAUGUUGUCUGCAAUUUACUUUCAAAUAGUCUUUGUUUGUAAUAAUACUGAUAUUUUUAUUUUGGUAAAAUACAGAGUUUAAAAUUU